AUGAGUCGCCUACUGACUAACGUUUGCACAUUGACGUUGCUGUGCUUCUCGCUCGCCACGUUGCUCGUCUUACUGCCGUGCCUUCGCCAGACUGCUAAAAAGGAUCAGUCCGUUGGGCCAGCUCGCCUCCGGAGAUCCGUUGCGCGGAAUGAGGUGUCCCCUGACCCGUCUCUUCAGACGGUGCUCGUUCUCCAGAAGGACGGUCCCGACGUUGACCUCGGCCAAGGCACUACGGCACUUGGCAAGAACGUGUUCAUUACCGUUAAGACCACUGCCAAAUUCCAUAAGACCAGAGUGCGCGACAUCCUGGACACCUGGUUCCGUUUAGCUCCGGACAAGGUAUGUAAGUAG